AUGACAGCCAACGAACACCAAGUUCUGGAAGCUCUCAGAGAUCCCCCAACCUUUCCACCUAACAUCAAUGAGGACUCCGAAGAUUUCAAUAUCAGUGAUAUAUGUGAUGGUACCGACACACUCCCUAUUAGCCAUGCUGGGGGAGAGUUUGGAGACCUUGCGAGAGGUGUUCUUGGUGAGGUUUGGAGAUUGUAA